AUGCCUCCUCCAAUUCCCACAUUCUCUCAACUUUCUCAACCUCAUCAUACCCUAAUCAAAACUCCCCUUUUCACCAUCAAAUCCAACAAUAACAAUACCAUCAAUAUCAAACCAAUUAACCCCUCUCUUCUAACCACACACUCUUCCUCUCUCACUAAUUCCUCCAUCAAACAAUCAACAAACAAUCUUAUCGAUUUCAAGGACAAAACAACUAGGUUCCGACUCAAAAACCUCCUACGAAGCAUCACAUCUUUAUCCUCGUCCAAAAACAAAACCCACAUACUAGAACAAAUCCUAGAGAAAGAUGAUACUAUCUUUCAAAUUCAAACCAUAUCAGAUUUCAAUCACCUUCUCAUGGCACUAGUCAUUGCACAAGAGCCGGAACUUUUUCAAACAAUUUUCACAAAGUUACCAUCUUUUCAUCUUGUUCCAGAUUGUUGCACUUACUCCAUCAUGAUAAGGUGCCACUGUGAGAAAAACGAUGUUGAUGAAGCAAAAAGACUUCUUUUUACUGUUUUGGAAAAUGGGUUUGAACCAGAUGCUGCAACCAUCACUGUUUUAAUAAAUUCCCUUUGCAAGAGAGGGAAAGUGAAGAAAGCUAUGGAGGUUUUUGGGUUCAUGGAGAGAAAGGGUUUGAAGCUUGGUGUUCAAGCAUAUAACUGUUUGUUGAAAGGGUUUUGUUAUGUGGGAAGGGUUGAAGAAGCAGUUGAGAUUUUGAUGAAAAUGAAGGAGAGAAAUUUAGGGUUAGUGGGGGUUUUGGGGGUUGAUAUUUAUUCUUACAGUGCUGUUAUGAAUGGGUUAUGCAAAGUGGGUCGUUCGGAUGAAGCAAUGAGGUUGUUCAAUGAAGCUAUUGAAAUUGGAUUGAUACCGAAUGUGGUUAUUUUUAACGCGUUGAUUCAAGGGUAUUCGAGAGAAGGUAGACCGGUUGAGGGUGUUGGUGUUUUGAAGAUGAUGAAAGAACAUGGUUGUGUUCCUGAUUGUAUUAGUUAUAGUACUGUUUUACAUGGAUUGUUGAAGUGGGAUGAAAUUGUGGGGGCGCUUUGGGUUUAUAAGGAGAUGGUGGAGAUUGGAUUUGAGGUUGAUUUGAGGAUGGUGGGGACUUUGGUGAGACGUUUGUGUAAGAAAUCGUGGAGGGAAAAGUGUUUGCUUGAGGAUGCGUAUGAAGUGUUUGAGAAAAUGAAAGAGAAGGGUUUAGUGGUUGGUAAGAGGACAAUGGAGGUGAUGGUUGAGGCAUAUUGUAGGGGGAAGAAGUUUGAUGAGGCUUUGGUGAGUUUGAAUGAUAUGGUUAGGUGGGGUUAUUCUCUUGAGGCGAUUUGUUUUGAGAAAGGGAUUAGAGGACUUUGUAGGCAGGGUAGAGUGGAUGAGGCAGUGUCAAGUUUGGUCCUUUUGCAUGCAAAUGGAGGGAUUCUUGAUAGAAAUUGUUUUGAGGUGUUGGUUAAUGAACUUAAUGCACUUGGGAGAGUGUUUUGUGGUUCUGUUUUGUUUGGUCUAGCAUUGAAGCAAGGUGUUGUUCUUGUUCGCGAUAAGGACGUGCAAGCUGAUAAAAGGUGUUAG